AUGUCUUCCGACCAAAAUCUCCAAGAGAGGAAACUGCCCGGUUGUAACGGCCCAAUUAUUCGCGAUCCUGAUGAGAAAAUAGCAACGCCAAACAGAGGACAUGCGAAACACUUCGAAAAUGCGACUUCUGAGGUCAUUGCCAGCCCUAUAUCAAAGAACCAAGAUGCCGAUCUCUCUGUUGGAAAAGAGGAGGGAGGACGCGCUACAGUUCUCCAAGAAGAGUUCAAGGAGCGUGAGAAACAAAUCUCGCACCUACGAGAGAGAGUGGGAUUAUCAGAAGAUCCUCACAUAAGACCAGAACAAGAGUCAACGAAUCGCUUUAGCUGGCCCAGCUUUCGGGUCGUAUUCCGCGAACCAUUUGCAGAAUUCUUUGGCACCAUGGUAAUGGUGAUGUUCGGCAAUGGGAGCGUAGCUCAAGUUCUUUUGGGCGGGGGUGAAAUAAAUGCUCCAAGGAAAAAUGGAUACGGAAGCUAUCAGGGGAUCAACUGGGGCUGGGGUAUAGGUAUCUUCUUUGGUAUCUAUAUUGCAGGCGACUCAGGGUGUUACUUGAACCCCGCCAUUACAAUGGGGUUCUGCCUCUUUCGAAAGCUACCAUGGAGGCGUUGUCCUAUUUAUUUCCUAGCUCAGUGUCUAGGAGGAUUUGUAGGUGCUGGCGUGGUCUAUGCUAAUAAUGUGAAUGGCAUCGAUAAAUUUGAAGGACAUGGGAUUCGAAAUGUCCCCCCAUCGCCGACUACUAUAGCAGCAAUAUUCUGCACAUAUCCACAGCCAUUCCUCGCGAAAACGAGCCAGUUCGUUUCCGAGUUCGUCGCAAGUUCGAUCCUCAUGUUUGCCAUUUUUGCAUUGAAGGAUGUCUCAAAUCCCGGCGCCAUGGGGAAGUCUGGCCCAGGACCGCUAUUUCCCCUUGGAUUAUUCUUUCUGAUUUUUGGACUUGGAGCCGCCUUUGGCUGGGAUACCGGAUACGCCAUUAACCUUGCUCGUGACUUUGGACCCCGUCUUAUGUCAUAUAUUCUUGGGUAUGGUCCGGGGGUCUGGUCUGCGGGUGGCUAUUAUUUCUGGAUUCCUAUGGUGGCCCCCUUCUGUGGAUGUGCGUUUGGGGGUUUCUUGUACGACGCCUUUAUCUACACCGGCUCCGAAAGCCGGCUGAAUCGACAGUGGUGGGGACUUAAAGAGCUGUACGAUAACAGGCACCGACUAAUGAAGAGGGGGCAUUUAAACAGUCGAAAGCAUGAAGUCUAAAGACAGGUUUUUAAUAACUGAUAUCAAUUUAUUGUUAUUUCUGUUGUUAUAACCGCAAGCUGAAGAUAUGUUAACAAAAGCAAGAUAAUCGACAGUUACAGUGCCUGUAACAAUAUUUCCCCUUCUCGCACUCCUCGCUUCCAGCUCAGCCAACUCUCUAUCUCCCAGACAUUUAACGCCCGAUGCCUCGUAUCCAACUCCACCAUCACUUCAAACCUAAAGUGUCAGUGGAUCCAUGCUCGACUCCGUGUCAUCCACAACGGCUCGUCGGUAGCCCCUGCGCCGUUUUUGAGCCUGUCCGUUAUCUCGGUCCUCCAUCGAAGGCGACAGUCGGGCCUUAGCCCGUCUUGAGGCCAUCUUCCUGCUCUCCUCGCGAAGGUGGCCCAACGAGUUCCGGAUUGCUGUGAGGCGUGCACUCAUGCCCCAGUCGAGUAUAUUCAGGACGUACCUGCGGAAUUUGAGGAAAUCCAUGGGUCUUUGGAGGAGGAAGCUAUCGACGAUUGCAGUGUGGUAUUUAAACUCGUCGUGCUUCCAGGUAACGUAGAGGCGCGCCUCGGAGCCAUUCAUAGCUAUACUAAAAGAUGUGCUAUUGGGUAGACCGACGUCAAUAUUACCGCCUUUAAUGUCGUCGUUGUUAUCGUUGCACUGUCUCAGGAGCUGGUUAAAUCGCUCAACUAUGUUGACGCACGAUGCAGAGGCACCUAGGCAUUGGUUCGUUGCAACCCAUAAGCUCCCUCGACUGACUGGACCAUCCCCCUUUUGCUCUAUUGCGAAGAAGGGAAAUACCAAGCCGUCAUUGUUACCAAAGACCGGGAUCACCAUUGAAUUAAGUUGGACUUGUUCUUCGUCGGUGAAAGCGCCUAACCAGUCGUAACCGUAGAGAAUAUCAGGGACUGGGAUGCUAACCCUCAAUUCUGAAUCGACGCCUGGGACAACAAGCUUAGACAUUGGCAACUUGAGGCUUCCCUUUAGGAUAUCUGUCUGUUCGGACACCAGGAAUAGCUGUUCCUGGAAAUAUGAUGCGACCUCGCUCUCUGCGGAAC